AUGCACUGGUCAAGGGAUUUGAAGGGUUUGAUUCGCUUAAUAAUUUUCUUUAUGGUUUUUUUGGCUGUGAGGCCUCAGUUGACAACUGAUUUCUAUUCAAAAUCUUGUCCCAAUCUUCUUCAAAUUGUAAGAACUGAAGUUAUAAAAGCUGUCAAAGCUGAAACCAGAAUGGCAGCUUCUUUGCUUCGACUUCAUUUCCAUGAUUGCUUUGUGAAUGGGUGUGAUGCAUCAAUUCUGUUGGAUGGAACUGACAGUGAGAAGUUCUCACUUGCUAAUAAUAAUUCAGCAAGAGGAUACGAAGUUAUCGACUCCAUAAAAACUGCAGUGGAGAAUCAAUGCAGUGGAGUUGUCUCAUGUGCUGAUAUAUUAACCAUAGCUGCAAGAGACUCUGUGGUCUUGAGUGGAGGACCUACUUGGAAAGUUCCAUUGGGAAGAAGGGAUGGAUUUGUGGCAAACCAGUCAGCAUCUAAUAAUCUUCCUUCUCCAUUUGACGGAAUAGAUCAGAUUUCUCAAAAAUUUUCUAAUGUGGGCUUAAACAUUUCUGAUGUGGUUGCUCUUUCAGGUGCUCAUACAAUUGGCUUAGCCAAGUGUUCACUCUUCAACAAUAGACUAUUCAAUUUCAGUCAAACAGGCUCUCCAGACCCAACGAUGGAUCCAGAAAUGCUUUCUGAUUUGCAAAGUUUCUGCCCAGUUAAUGGCGAUGGAAACAAGAUGACUUCUCUUGAUCGAAACUCCACCGAUCUAUUUGACAACCAUUAUUUCAACAACUUGAUCAACAACAAGGGUCUUCUUUCUUCGGAUCAAGCUUUGUAUUCAAGCUCUGAGGCUCAGUCCACAACCAAAAGCAUUGUUGAAAGCUACAACAAAAGUCCAACCCUUUUCUUCUCUGACUUUGUCAAUUCUAUGAUCAGAAUGGGGAAUAUUAGUCCUCUUACUGGCUCCAAUGGUGAGAUCCGGAAGAAUUGCAGGACCGUUGGUUCUUAAGACUGUGCUAGAUGAAACCAAGAAAUAGUAAAAUAAAGGAAAUAAGGAUUUCUAUGUUAAAUAUUAAAGUUGUGUGAUGGAUGUUAAAUUUGCUAAUCAAGGUCUUGUUGUAAGAUUUACUGUCA